AUGGUGGAUGAAGAAGGAGUCGAAGACGACUCACUAGAUCAAAAUACACUCCGUGAUGCAGACGUGGGAGAACCUAUCGUAAGGAAUUCUGGACGUUAUCGCCGGAAUUCGAGAGAGGAUCCAAAGGUCAGUUAUUCGUAUCUGGAACCAAUCCGUCGCCAUGAAUCGGCACUUUUGUUGCUUUUCCUUCUCUACGUUAAGGCUAAAGCGAAGAUGCCUCCAACUUCCGAAGAUGUUCAAUGGAAGCUGGCAGAUAUCCUUGGGAAAUUAUCUGAAAUGCCGACUCCUGACCACCCUGAAGUGCGUAUCAUUGUUCUGGAGAAAGGAGAGCAUUUGGACACGGUCGUUCGUCGCUUAGAGAAAGGACAGUUCGUACGUUUCCACCGCGGUAGUUCCCUGUUGGGGAUAGAUGUUGAAAUUCGCACAACGUUGACUGGUGACGAACCACUGAAAUGGUCCUCUGGAAAGGAUCAUCUCGCGAUGUACUGUCAAGUCGAAUGCAGUACAGCUGGUUCGUUCAAGUACUGCUUUUCUGCAGAUGGAGAGGAAUCCGGAAGCGGAUACUUCCUCGUUAUGCCUGUCCUAAUGGUCAGUGGAAAACAUCUUCCUUUGGACGGUGUUGCUUGUCAAACACAUCUCACGAAACUGUUAGGCAGUUUGUCAUGUUGGGAGAAACGUCUGCGAGUCUCCAAAGAAAGUGGUUACAAUAUGAUCCACCUCACACCUAUUCAUGAGUUGGGAAUUUCGAACAGUAGUUACUCUAUCAGUAAUCAUCACGCACUUAUUCAAACCAUACAUGAGAAAGACGGACAGACAACUAUGGAACAUGUGGAGAAUUUUGUGAAAAAAAUCGAGAAAGAGUGGGAAAUGCUGACUGUACAGGAUGUCGUUUGGAACCAUGCCGCAAAAAAUGCUCAGUGGCUACAGGAGCACCCGGAAUGCGCGUACAACUGCCUCAAUAGUCCACACCUGAGACCUGCUUAUGUAGUAGACAGGGUUUAUCACCAUUUCGGCAAGGAGGUUAGUGAAGGAAAGUGGGAAUCUAGAGGAGUGCCAGCAGUUGUGGACAAUGUGCAUCACAUUAACGCGAUUGAAUAUCUUCUUCGAACUGAGAUAUUGCCGAAAAUGCGUCUGCAUGAAUUCUUUCAAAUCAACGUUGAGGAAAACGUAAAGAAGUUCGAAGAACUUGCGCGAGCGGGACCAUCACUGGAAGUUCUGGAUGAAAACCUUCCAUCGAAACAGGAUCCGGAAUGGAGAAGAUUCGGAUGCAGUGUGGAUUUCGAAAAAGCCAUGAAAAUCUUCAAUAGACCGAGAGAUGAUGCUUCUUCGGACGACGACCGGGUCAAAAAAUGUGCGGAUUCAUUCAGAAACCAUCUGGAGUACCUGAAUGAAGAAGCUGGUAAAGCUGCAUGGGAGAUUGUAAUGGCCGGUUUGCGCGCUGUCAUGGGACAUAUCACGUAUCAGAGGACUGCCGAUCAUGGACCAAAGUUUAGAGCUGUUACAGAACGACAUCCACUUACCACAGACUACUUCUUACACUUGGACGAUUCAACGUCAUGGGAGGAAGAUGAACAUUUGGCAUAUGAUCCUGAGAAGUCAAGGUUCCUUAUGGCGUUCAAUGGAUGGGUUAUGUGUGAUGACCCGCUCAAAAACUUCGCCCUUCCGCAGUCACAGUUAAAUUAUGGAGAAAAACCCGAAGACUGCCCGUUCCUUUGGAAGUACAUGAAGGAUUAUACGCAAGAGUGCGCUCGAGUUUUCCAUGGGCUUCGUAUCGACAACGCUCACAGUACUCCCAUUCACGUUGCUGAGUAUCUUCUGCUGGCAGCGCGAGAAAUUCGUCCUGAUUUGUACGUGUUUGCGGAGUUGUUCACGGGCAGCGAAGAGAAGGACAACCUUUUUGUUAAUAGGCUCGGUAUUUCAUCUCUGAUUAGAGAAGCGCAGUCUGCUCACGACAGCCAUGAACAAGGAAGGCUUGUGUACAAAUACGGCGGCGACGUGGUGGGUGCAAUGAUCCAGAAACCAAUCCGCUUUGCUCCUGCAUCAGUAGCUCACGGUCUUUUCUUGGAUCAAAGUCACGACAAUCCCACACCAAUUGAGACUCGCUCGGUUUACGACCUGCUGCCUACGGCAGCCAUGGUAUCUAUGGCGUCUUGUGCCGUAGGAUCUACGAGAGGAUACGAUGAAUUGGUCAGGCAUGCGAUACACGUGGUAUCAGAAAAGCGGCCGUAUGCACAAUGGGGAACCGAAACUAAAGCUAGCACAGGCAUUGUGGAAGCCAGACGUAUUCUUAAUGAAUUACACGCUUACCUAGCGAAGGCGCAUUUCACACAGGUCUUCGUCGAUCAAAUGAAUCCCGAUGUGGUUGGAAUUACGAGACAUAACCCUAUCACGCACGACACUAUCGUCGUGGUUUCUCACACAGCUUUCAACAAACAUAAUAUUCACAAGGAUCGAGUUUUUCUUAGACAUAUUCCAAUAGGUGGUAUUUUGGACGAGAUUCUCUUUGAAAUGGGAAUUCAUCAGGAGUCUCCGGAACCUAAUCCAGAAAGUCCUGACGUGCUAUUGGGUCUCUCCAAUUAUAAAGUUCACAUUCGUCAACACCUAUCCCCUGCCAGUGCGAAGAUGUGUGUCGUUCACGGUACGGAAAAUGGCACAAUUGAGCUCACCGACUUCCCUAGUGGUUCCGUGAUUGCUUUCAGGAUUCAUCUCUCGGAUGCUGCACGUACGUCCAUGGGCACAAUUAGAGCCGUAGUCGCUGGAAAUGACGAGCUUGAGCGUGAACUGGCUUCUGUUCUGAAUUCUAUAUCAUUGCAAGACUACAACAAACUGUUAUUCACUUGUGAUGCGGAGGAGUGGGCUGCUAUUGGCCGAGGAGCAUACGAUGUCCCACGUCUUGGAAAGCUCGCUUACUGUGGCCUGCAGGGUUUGAUCCCAGUACUCGACUGGAUUCGAGACAACAACGAUCUCGGGCAUCCUUUGUGCGCUAAUCUUCGGGAUGGCACCUGGCUCUCUGACUACAUCUGCUCUCGUAUGGAAAAAUACGUGGGAUUAGCAUUCCUUUCCGCAUUCUUCUCUGCCAUUCUUUGCCAUCUGACAGAUGUUCCGUAUUACUUACGUCCGUGUUACUUCGAAGCCAUCGUUUCCUACCUACACCAACAGUGCAAAAGAGCUUUGCUGAGAAAACUAUCACUAAACAUAUCUUCGUCAUCCUCAUUAGUGCGCGCCCUUUCCCUUUCUUCCGUCUCCUUUGUCGGUUACAUCCGAGGUGCGGAUUUGGCCCCCUUGCCAAAAUCUCUUAAACUGGAAGAUACACAUGCAUCAUCGCUUGCGGCAGGUCUUCCACACUUCGCCGUAGGCAUAUGGCGAAACUGGGGACGCGAUACUUUUAUUGCUCUACCUGGUUGUUUACUGCGCCUUGGAAGAUUCUCUGACGCGAAGAAUAUUAUCAUCUCUUUCGCAGGAUCCAUGCGUCAUGGUCUAAUCCCGAAUCUCUUGGCAGAAGGAAAAUGUGCGCGUUAUAACUGUCGCGAUGCCGUAUGGUUCUGGUUGUACUCCAUUGCGCUCUAUGUGCGAAGCGCACCAAACGGUCAAGAAAUCCUGAAAAGCGCGGUAAGACGGAUUUACCCUCACGACGAUUCGGUAUUUGGAAACGACGAACAAGAGCAACCCCUGAUCGAUGUAAUGUGUGAGACAUUGAAUCGACACUUCGCAGGGAUAGAGUUCAGGGAACGAAAUGCCGGCCCCCAAAUCGAUGAGCACAUGAGAAACGAAGGAUUCAAUGUGAAGAUCUUCGUAAAUCGUGAAACCGGAUUUGUUCAUGGCGGUAAUAGAUGGAACUGUGGGACAUGGAUGGACAAAAUGGGGAGCAGUGAAAAAGCUGGCAAUCGAGGAGAACCGGCAACUCCUCGUGACGGAGCUGCAGUAGAACUCCAAGCACUCGCUUAUACCGUACUUCGUGCCAUGACAGAAUGGUCUCAGGCUGGAAUUAUAGAUCAAACUGGAGUAUCUUGUGAUUCGGAGACAUGGACGUGGUCACAAUGGGCAGAAAAAAUUAAAUCAAAUUUUGACACCCAUUUCUUUGUGGAUGAGAAUCAUGAUGGAAAAUAUGUGAACAGAAGGAACAUGGUCAAGGAUACCGUUGACUCUUCACUUGGAUUUACUGACUUCCAGCUGAGAUGCAACUUCGUCAUCGCUUUAGCUACGGCUCCGACGUUACUUGACGCUCACAAAGCAUGGCUUGCCCUCGACACAGCGAAGGAAAUCCUUCUGGGACCGAUUGGAAUCAAAACCCUUGAUCCGAAAGAUUGGGCAUACUGUGGCGACUAUAACAAUGACGAUGAUGGAUAUGACAAAAAGACUGCAAAAGGUUGGAACUACCACCAAGGCCCUGAAUGGGUUUGGGUGGCAGGAUUCUAUCUGCGCGCACGUUUAGCUGCUGGUAAUGCUCUAGGAGGGUCGUAUUGGACAUCGGCAAGGAAGGAAGUUCAAUCAAGGCUAGGGAAUUACUACCGACAUAUAAAGAAUUCGGGGUGGAGUUCAUUGCCUGAGCUUACCAAUACUGACGGUGCUAUUUGCGAAGGAAGCUGUCCAGCUCAAGCGUGGACUGAAUUUUACUGGUUUUUGAUGGCAUCGCGAGGUGGUAGAAAAAGAGGGCGCGUAAGAACCAGAAACCAAGCAACAAUCGAUGAUGAUUUGAUGACAGGGAUAGGAGGACCAAGAAAAGUGUCUUCUCUACCCAAGGUAAAUAAAAGAGAUAGUGAUGUAGAAAGAACGAUCGACGCCUAUGUGGAAGCGAUGACAACACUUGGCGUUGAAGGAUUAAGAAGAUUGUUCAGAGAGCAGUUAGCAGCCUACCGCGCCCCAGAUGACAGGUACAAGUUUACGGCUUUUGAGGCGAAUCCUGACAAGAAUCGAUACAUGGACGUAGUUUGCUUAGACGAUACGAGAGUUCGACUUACGUUGGAUGUUCCGCCCAGUACUGACUACAUACACGCGAACUGGAUUCGUUUCGAAGGGCACGACAAGGUCUUUAUUGCAACACAGGCUCCCCUAGAGAACACAAUUGAAGAUUUUUGGAGAAUGGUUUUUCAGGAGGGUUGUCCAAAUAUCAUCAAUCUCACAAAGAUAAUUGAAAAUGGAAAAAUAAAAUCAUCGCAGUACUGGCCGCUUCAGCCAGGCGCAUACAACAGCUACGGCAAGAUGUUUGUCAAUACUAAAAAGGUUGAAUCCGAGGGAAAGUUUUUAAUAUAUACUGUCGAAGUUUUGCCGGAGGGGUGUUCGAACUCCAACAUAGUGAAGGUGAUGCACAUGACUAGUUGGCCGGACCGUGGUUUGCCCAUGAGUGGGCGUCAUGUUCUGCGACUUAUCCGACAAGUAAAUGGGGAUAAGCUUGAUAAUGGACCAAUUGUAAUGCACUGUUCAGCUGGUAUUGGAAGAACUGGGACGAUAAUAUUGAUUGAUGUUAUACUGAGACGUUUAUUCUGCGCAAAAGAAGCAGAUAUUGUGGAUAUGUUCAAGACUCUUCGCAAUCAACGUGCCUCAUGCAUUCAAGUUGAAGGACAGUUUGUGUUCAUCGUCCUUAGCGUACUCGAUUACAUAAAGAUCAAAAUGCCUAAACACAGAGAGAAAGUGAACAAAUUCAUGGACGAUUUCAAAUCAGCUCUGCUUCCGUCUUCCUAA